AUGUCUCCUCGCUCUAAUGAGCCACCCAGCCCAGAAGCUAAGGAACGUCGCGCACGUAAUAGGGCAGCACAGCUAAAGUUCCGGAAGAAGAAACAAGAAGUCGAUGAGACACGCUGCAAUCGGAUAAAGCACCUUGAAGGCGUGGUUGAGAGAAUGAGCACUGUGUUGGUGGACUUUACAGACGGUCUCUUACAGCAAGAAAUAGUCCAACAGAGCCCUGGCAUGAUGGCGAGCAUUCAAGGCGUUAUCGCCGAUAUCCUUACAUUGGCCAAUGAAGCCGGAGACCCCGAACAGGACCCCAAGGCUCGUAAGGCUCGGGGGAGAGCCACUGAAGCCGAAUAUCAUUCUCCCAAAGACUCCGAGCAUGAUCUUCCUAGUUCAAACCCCAGUAUUAAAGUUACCGCUACUCCCGAUGACCCGACGACUACCAUUUCCCCAACGCCCCUUACAGACGACUCCCCCAUAAAUAUGCCCUUGUUUGAAGACACAAUGGUGUCGCUACCGGUUGUUCCAACGGUCUACACCCAAGCAAACUACCCACCAUCUACGAUACCGGCACCUCUCAGCCCUCUUUUGUGGACAUCCUCAUUGCCCCCCCUGUCCCUCAAUUCCUUCAUUUGUCGUCUCACAUAUUCAUGCUUCAAGGUUGGCUGCCUUGUUCUCAGCCGAUCGAUCGAUGCACCACUCCCGCUAUCAGAAGAGAGUCGCAUGUUUGGCUCGACCCUUCGCUACCGCGAAAGGGAUGAAAUGAUCUUGAGAAUGCGAUGGCUACUCGGCCCCGGAAAGCAUGAACUCCAGACCUUGGCUGAGUUGCCAUGGGGAGGGAGAUGGUGGGAUCGAGAGUUCUCCGGUAGCGACCUUGCGAAUUAUGCCACGAAUGCCGCCAUGGUUGACUCAUCUGCCCCCCAGUUCCUCAGUGUCCUUGGUGUUGAGAAACAGCUCAUAGCACUUGGCGCUCGCUUUGUGGAUAAUGAGACCAUCGAGCUGGACGCGAGUGCCUUGGCGAUAUUGUCAGGGAAUCGCCUAGAGCCUAGCUGCGCGCAACCAGAGAGCUGGAGUUUUGUCAACCUUUUCCCAUCAAGAGAUUCACGACCGCAGAUAGACGCACCGAGAGCCUUCUACUCGGACGACUCUGAAAUCCAACAAAUCUAUGAGAAGGCUAUAGGACUUUCAUUAUGCGGUGUGCAAAUUCUGUACAGCGCGAAAGACAGCAAGACCAAACUCUUAAGUAUUGCCAAUCUUGUUAAGGAUGAAGAGCUCACCAUGGUCUAUGGAGUAGAAUUUGGCUUCGAUUCAAACUUUACUGCAAAGGUCGCAUCAGCCGGUUUACCGCUCUCUGUUGACCUUCAAGAUGGCUAUGGAUUUCGUCUUCAUGAAGCAAUCACCCAAACUAUGUAA